AUGGACAUGCGCUUGACCUCUACGCCUUCGAUACUCAUCUCCGAUUCUGCUGCAGAACAGAUUCCUGCUCGCCACCGCUACAGCAGCACCAGAAACAGUCCCAGCUCUGGUUCGUGCAUCAGCUCCAGCACCGGGGGACAGCAGGCCCAGCCCUCUUACUCAGACUCUACGCCUCCCUCACCCUCCUAUGGACCAAUGGCCAUCCCCAGGUCGCAAGAAACAAUCGCCCCGCCGCCUCUCCCACCGCCACGGUUUAUAGAAGAACUUGCCAACGGACACGACUCAGGCUGGAGAUGGGGGAAUACCUUUCAUCCAGGCGGACCAGGAGUAUCAGGCGCAGCAGCUGGACCAGCAGGUACGGAAAUGGACUCUAGAGAUACCUCUACCAGUCGAGAUACUGCUGCAGGCACCAUGCUGCCACCAAUCAAUCCUGGCUCAAGCCUCUUUGGAGGAGGCCACGCUAGACCACCAUUGCGCAGACGGGACGAAGCCUUUCGCCUGGAUGCGGAUGAACAAAGAGUUGUCGAUGCCAGGCGACCUGGAUCAGCUUCUAUGUCAGAGCAGGAGACUGCUCUAGGUCCACGAUCGGCACCUUUGAUAGGUUCAUAUGGUGAUGGGAAUGCCUUUUCCCCUACGAGCCCUCUGACACGGCCAAGCAGGUCCCUUUCCCAGACUGGAUCGCUCUCUCACACACUCGAUACCAGGAUUUUGCCUAGCACAAGACAAAAACCGCUAUCAGAGAAGAGUGUUGAGCAUUCCAUCAACGCUUACGACCGGAAUCUCUUGUCAAAAAUUGGUGGUCCAACGUCUCCGCCGAGGAACGCAGUACUAGGCCUUACCACAACACCGAGAGACCCUACCAGAGUGCAGACGAGCUUUUCUGCUCUCACACUCACGGACGAGACUCUUAGCCCACAGGAUAUGCGAUGGGGCAGCGGCCCUCCCUCGGCAGGCAUAUCCCCAGGCACCGGAGGGAGCGGAUUCUUGGAUUACAUUGCAUUCAGAAACCAACGUGAGGGGAGCAGCAGCGGCCCGUCGCCCAUGGAGGUGGACCAGUUCAGCCAGGCACGAGAAAAAUAUGCCGGGGGGAUUAGCAGCGGCCCAGUUAGAUAUGGUGAGGUUGCGCAUAGCUUGCCUUUACAUUCUGGAAGAAGGAGCCAUGACCGGUCUUUCUUUCCUGACCUAGACACCGAAAUGUCGAUGGAUGAGGCACAUUCGAGCAGCAUGCAUUCAAAAACCACUCGUCAACGAAGCCUAGGUGAACGGAUGCCAUCUUAUGCCGAAGGUAUAUCUCCUCUAUCAAACCAUGGAAUGAAGCGAAGGGCCUCUUCUCCGCCACAAGUGGCCCGAAACGAGGAUGCAGCGCUUAGCACAAGCAGUAGUGAUAGGCGUAUGUCAGGGUUUCCUUUUAACAAUGGAAUCUGCACAUCGCCAGGUGGAGCUCGAUACCAGUCUAACCAUGGCUCGAUAUCGUCCAUUUCAUCGGCAAGCAUGCGAACCGGAUCAUACGCCUCCUCAACUGGCCUUUCAGUCGGGGCUAGUAGCAUGUCUUCUUACGAUCGGCCGUCUCCAGGUGGAAUUUCGCCUACUGAUGUGGAUCACUAUGAUAGGGGAGGCUUUAUGAGCAGUCCUGCCCAAAAGCAGUCUACAUCUGCGCCAAUAUUGAGUAUGCCUCGACCAGCACAGUACCCUGAACCAUCGCCUACAUCAGCUGUCGAUAUGAAGAAGAACUCGGUUUCGGCCGGCUCAGGCCGAAAAGGAUCUCACACAUGUCCAAACUCAUCGAAAAACCCCCAGCGUGUCGGCCGGUCAUAUAUAUGUGACUGCUGUCAUACAAAGCCAAAGAAGCUAGAUAGUCUUGAGGAACUCAGAGCCCAUGAGAUGGAAAAGCAAUAUAAUUGCAACUACUGUCACAAGCGCUUCAAGAACAAAAAUGAAGCAGAGCGGCACCGCGCCUCUCUUCACAUCCGUCACCAUUCCUGGUCCUGUGGAUCCCUCGCAGGCUAUGAAUCGGCCUUUCAUCCUUCAUCUUCAUCUUCCAACGGUCAGGCUUCUGGCUCUACGACUUCAACUCAUGACACAUGUGGUUUCUGCGGCAUGGAGUUCCCCAACCUACCAGCCCCGCAGUGGGAUGUUCGAAUCGAACAUCUAACAUCUGUUCAUAAGUUUGGAGAAUGCAAUCAGUCCAAAAAGUUCUGGCGAGCCGACCAUCUUAGACAGCACUUGAAGCAUAUUCACGCUGGCUCGAGCGGAAAAUGGACCAAUAUCCUAGAGAACGCGUGUAUGAGGGAAGAGCCGAUAGCAGACCCUGGUCUACCUAGCAUAGGCGAGACUCCUGACGGCAAGAUGGAAACAGAUAUGAUGGGCCAUGACGGGGACGGCGAGUCAUGA